CUUUGCUGUCAGUGUCAUCGGCUCCUAGAGAUUGGCGGAAGUGCCGCGUAUUCCAGCAGUCCUGUUUAAGUUGAUCUUCCAUGGAGAAAACCAGAAUGCAGCUACCGCAGGGUCCCGGUUCGCUGUGCUUCGAUAAGGACGAUUUUAUGAAGGAUGAUUUUGACGUUGAUAAUUUUAUGUCAGAGUGCAGAAAGCGUGUGCAGUUGGAGGACCUCCGCGAUGAUCUGGAGCUUUACUAUCGUCUUCUCAAGACAGCUAUGGUGGAACUCAUCAACAAAGAUUAUGCAGACUUUGUGAACCUUUCCACCAACUUGGUUGGAAUGGAUAAAGCAUUGCAACAGCUUUCGGUACCUCUCGGUCAGCUACGUGAAGAAGUUCUGAGUCUCAAAACAUCAGUUAGUGAUUGCGUUUGCGUAGUGGACAAAAGUUUGGCCAAACAAGAUAAUAUCAGGAAAAAGAAGAUGUGUGUUUUAAGGAUGAUUCAAGUUAUUCGAUCUGUUGAAAAGAUUGAAAAAAUUUUACACUCGCAAAACUGUAAGGAAACUUCAUCGAAACUAAACAGUCCUUCGUUAACUGGACAGAUGCUUGAAAGAAUUGCGACAGAGUUUAAUCAGCUUCAGUUCCACGCAAUGCAAAGCAAAGGCAUGCCUCUUUUGGACAAAGUGAGACCUCGUAUUGCUGGUAUAACCUCAAUGCUUCAGCAGUCUUUGGAAGGUUUGCUAUUAGAAGGUCUUCAGACUUCCAAAGUUGAUAUAAUACGUCACUGUUUAAGGACUUAUGCAACAAUUGACAAAACUAGAGAUGCAGAGGCUUUGGUUGGUCAGGUCCUGGUAAAACCGUAUAUUGAUGAGGUGAUAGUUGAACAGUAUGUACAGUCUCACCCUAAUGGACUCCAAGUCAUGUAUAAUAAACUUCUAGAGUUUGUUCCUCAUCAUUGUCGUCUCCUGCGUGAAGUCACUGGUGGUGCCAUAUCAAGUGAGAAGGCAGAUAUGGUUCCUGGGUAUGACUUUUUAGUGAACUCUGUCUGGCCAGAAAUUACACAUGGUUUGGAAGAAAAACUUCCAUCGCUGUUUAGUCCCGGAAAUCCAGACAUAUUUCAUCAGAAAUACACAAUAAGCAUGGACUUUGUGAGAAGAUUCGAACAACAAUGUGGGUCACAGGCGAGUGUAAAAAGAUUACGAGCACACCCUUCAUACCACAGUUUUAAUAACAAAUGGAAUUUGCCUGUUUAUUUUCAAAUAAGAUUUAAGGAAAUUGCAGGACGUCUGGAGUCAGCAUUUCUGGGUGGCUUACAAGAUGCACCAGCUGGUAGCACAUUUUGUCUGCAGGCUUCUCAUACCCUUUGGACCUGCCUAACUGCAUGCUGGUCUGAUCAGAUCUUUUUACCUUUACUUGCCCAUCGGUUUUGGAAACUAACACUGCAAAUGCUCUCUCGUUACUGUCUGUUUAUUAAAGAGCUUGCUGUUAAGGUCAGUUCUGAUAAGGUUGUCACUGAGAGUAAAACUCUACCUUCUUCCUCAAAUAAUGAUGUUAAUUCAUUAACUACUGCUUCCAACGAGGACCAGCCUACAAAAACAUCAGAGGUUCAGUCUCCUACUGUUUCAACACGACAGCUCAUGCUUAUCAUUGCAGAUGUGGUAAAAGUAGAGGAUCAAUUAUCAGAAUUAUCAGAAAUAAUAAAGCCAAGACUUAAUCAGAUUGGAUUUAAGAAUAUAUCAAUGAUUACAGGGGCAUUUGAGGAUGUUCAUACUGUUUUGUCUGCUCCACUUUCAACCUUAAAUAAAAAGAUUAUUCUUGACCUUAGUGAAUCUUCCUUUGCUUAUUUGAAGAGUGCUUUGGAAGUCCCAAGACUUUACAGAAGGACAAACAAGGAAGUCCCUACAAAAGCCUCCUCAUAUGUUGAAAAUGCAGUAAAGCCUCUUCAUCAGCUUAAAAAUGAAUAUACAAAUAUAGUGAAGCAGGCCAUUUUGGAAGAAUGGUUAAAGGGAGCUCUUUCUGAAAGCACUCAAAAGUAUUAUGAUACAGUAUCCGAUGUUCUCAGCUCUGUCAAGAAAAUGGAGGAAAGUCUCAAAAGACUUAAACAAGCACGUAGAACUGUCACGUCAAGUAAUGCAUCUAUUGGGGGGAAUAGUGAUGAUAACAAAAUCAGACUUCAGCUGGCUCUAGAUGUUGAAUAUUUGGGGAACCAGAUUCAUACCUUGGGCUUGCAGACAGGUGACAUAAGUACAUUUUCAGCUCUCAUGGAAUUGGUCCGUGCUGCCAAGGAACAGGCAUCAACUGAAUAAUUGUAUUACAAAAACUGACUAUUUUACUAACCUUUACCUUUUUAUGCCUGGAUUUCUAAUCUCAGAAUAAUUGAAUAAUUGCUUCAGGGGGUUAUAAUGAUUUCCAGGUGUUCUGCGAUGUUUCUUGUAGCAGAUUAGUCUGUGUGUAAUGCCAGAUGCUAUUGAUUAAAUAUGCAACGUCUGAAGAUAAUGAAAAAAAUGUAAAUUCUCAUUCCACUGUAUUCCUGACCAAAAUAAGUUGUUUACCUUUUUUUUUUUGUUUUCCGUUCAAUCAAAUACAACUAUCAGUUUGUCAAAGUACAAUUAAAAUUUAAAAAAAUAAAUAGUAAAAAGUUGUACCAAAA